AGAGUUUAGAUAGGAGGUGCCUGCUGGGCACACCCGGCAGCCCACGGAGCUUCCUCUGCGGCGCAGCCUCUCCUCCCGAGGCGCACGCGGAGCGGCCAGGAUCUGCUCAGCCCCGGACGCGGGGGCCCCGGCCCUCCCGCCGCCUCCACGCCGCCCGCCAUGAAGCCGUCGUUCCUCCGCUGCCAAAACACCACCUCGGUGGAGAAGGGCUACUCCGCGACCAUGGGCUGGGUGCUCUUCAGCGCGGGCCUCCUGGGCAACCUGCUGGCGCUGGGGCUGCUGGCGCGCUCCGGGCUGUCGUCCUGCUCGCUGCGCUCGCCGCGCCCGCCGCCUUCGGUCUUCUACGUGCUGGUGUGCGGCCUGACGGUCACCGACCUGCUGGGCAAGUCCCUCUUGAGCCCCUUCGUGCUGGCGGCCUACGCGCAGAACCGGAGCCUGUGGGGGCUGGUGCCCCCGCCGGGCAGCUCUCUGUGCCAAGCCUUCGCCUUCUUCAUGUCCUUCUUCGGCCUCGCCUCGACGCUGCAGCUCCUGGCCAUGGCCCUGGAGUGCUGGCUCUCCCUGGGGCACCCCUUCUUCUACCGACGGCACAUCACCCUGCGCCGGGGCGCGCUGGUGGCGCCCGUGGUGGGCGCCUUCUGCCUGGCUUUCUGCGCGCUGCCCUUCGCGGGCUUCGGCAAGUUCGUGCAGUACUGCCCGGGCACCUGGUGCUUCAUCCAGAUGCGGCACGAGGAGCGCUCGCCGUCGGUGCUGGGCUACUCGGUGCUCUACGCCAGCCUCCUGGCGCUGCUGGUCCUCGCCAUCGUGCUGUGCAACCUGAGCGCCAUGCGCAGCCUCUACUCCAUGCACCGGCGGCUGCGGCGGCGCCGGCGUUCGCUCACCCGGGACCGCGUGGAGCCCUGCGCCGGCGAGAGGGUGGCGUCCCCGCCGCCCCUGGAGGAGCUGGAUCACCUCCUGCUGCUGGCCCUCAUGACCGUGCUCUUCACCUUGUGCUUCCUGCCUCUAAUUUAUCGUGCUUACUAUGGAGCAUUUAAAGCUGUCACCAAGAAAAACAGAACUUCUGAAGAAGCCGGAGACCUCAGUGCCUUGCGUUUUAUAUCUGUGAUGUCAAUUGUGGACCCUUGGAUUUUCAUCAUUUUCAGGACAUCAGCAUUUCGGAUGUUUUUUCACAAGAUUUUCAUAAGGCCGCUUACGUAUAGAAACAGGCACAUCAAUGCCUGCCAAACUCAGAUGGAAAGUCUUACAGUCUCCGGUAAGCUGAGGAACGUAUCACAUUUACCAUCAAAGAACCAUGCUAACAACAUUUCCAUUUAAAUCCUCCGAAGUUAUCUCCCAUAACAAAACAUCUAAACGUGUUUUCAAAAGUAUUUGAUAUCUUAACAAGGCAUCGUUACUCUAGUAUAUACUUGAACCAGUUAGGUACAUUUUCUUUUUCAUGUCAAGGGAUUACUCGUGACUCGAUUUUAAAUGUUGUGAACAAUGUUGAAAGUUUUACAGCAAUGACAUUAGUUGUUCCAACAUUUGUAUCUGGUGUCCCUCGCUUUCUAGAGAGGCCUUGAGACGGCUGGGUCUACGCCCAGUAGAAACACCACUGUUUACAGUUAUGUGAUGGGAGUUCUUAAAAUUCCUUAUUCAUUUCUAGUGAAGCCUGCUUUUUUUAUUGUGUAUCACAAUUACCCACUUAUUAUUAUUUUUCCCACUGAUCUAAGUAUGUCUGAAUUAUAGAUGUUCCUCAGAGAAAUGCGAUAGGAAAUACAGCCACGUCAGGGGUUUGGAGAGGCGAAGCUAUAAAUAAGUAGGUUUAAGGCAAGAUGUGACUAUGCCCACUACCCAGAGAAGAAAAAUUAAUGUUUAUCGUUUGAAGUGCAGUUUCCGGUGUAUUGAAGCAGGGAUAUCAGUAGGAAUCAAAAUUUGGGAAUGGCUACAAAAUACUGUUUCAAUUUUUGGUACCUGCAUUUUAUAGUUUUAUCAUAUUAAUGGAUGUUGGGGAGGAAGGAUUUAUGCUUCUUUGAAAGCAGUGAUGUGAGAAUUUCCAGAGAGCCGAGCCAUGUUUACUCCCUGUGGUUGUGCGAAGCCGCAGGGCAUUCAGCAGAGCGAAAAGCCCGCCCAGGACUGUCAACCUCAGCUGAGGGUGGUGGCAGGGACCUUAACCUCUACCUAUUGACAGCCGUAUUCUGCUCUUUGUGGAAACAGUAAGAUCUUGUGGAGGUUCCGGAGAGCUCUGCACAUCUAAAGCGAGCAGGAUGGGCUCAGAUGGAGCACAGCUGAGCACUUUAAUUGUCCAUUAAAUGUUUACAAAGGUUAGCAACACUAUGAAAAAGGAACAAGAGGGGAAGAUACGCUGCAGCUGUUAAACUAAACAAGCACACCGGUGAAAGCUUUUACCUUUGGUGAAAAAAACAGAUGGGGGACAUCCGGGCAUUUCCAGCAUCUCCAGAGCCCCUUGGUACCCUGACACACGCAGACUCUGAGAUGGAGAGCCGGCUGCCCUUGAACAGACCCGAGACGCCGGGCCCGCCAUCCCUUCCAAAGACAAGAGCAUUGGGCUUAUUGCCAACAGAGCAGCAACCCCACUUUGCACCUUUGGUUUAUAUCAAUGAUGAUAUUAACCUGGAUACACGUGUGUGCGUGUGUGUGUGUGUGUGUGUGUGUAGCAACACUGUGAAAUGGCCACUUAGGAAUACCUGAAUUAUAAUUUUGGGAGUAAUGAUGGGGUGAAAAAUGCUGUCAUUUUCAAAGUUUAAUUUUCAUUUGUAUAUUUAAUAUGUGAGUAUAUACGUGUUUUAUUGUGGAGGAAGUGAAGUUUUUGUGUUCUCCUUUUGGAAGGUGUGUUGUGAUCAUUGUCAAGGUCACCUAAAAGGUGACAGAUGAAUCAAUAAACAUCUUUAUAAUAUUUUUCAGAGGAAAUUACUUUUCUUCUAAAAAAGAAAGAGGUUUUGUUUUCUUUUUUGAAUAAACAAUUCCAGGAGUACUUCUUUCUUUAGCAGUUUAAUGGGCUGUUUUGCCAGCAUUUAUAUUAUUUUAAAUAAGUCAGCAUCAUGACCCUUUCUCUACAAAAUGGAGAUAAGCUACCCUGAUGAUGCUCAUAUUAAGUUAAAAAUCAACACUUCCGUAAUCUGCAUUGAUUUAGUCAUUGACACGUACAUUGUACCAGGGUUAGUGCUGAGGAAAAGAACACAUUUGACUCAGAGCUGGCCCAGGAGCCAUGGAGGACACGGGCUCCUACAAUUACAGUAGAGGGUCGAAAUCCCAAUAGCGAAUGUGCACACAGAGCUAUUAGAAGAGGAGGCCUUGACUAGGGGGGACGUGAAGCAUUGUCAGAGCUUCUCAGUGAGAAGAUGCUAAGGCAAGAAUUGAAAAUGAGUAGGAAUUUUGACUCCAGUUCAAAACUGGACAACGGACACAAAGCUAUGAUUUACAUAAGAGGCGAUACAUAUGGUUACUAAAUGUAGAAAAAUGUCCUGCCUAAUCAGAAAAGUGCGAAAUUAAAACCAAAUUCUCAAGGACCAAACGAAGUAUGACUCUCAAUAACAGAGGUUCUGAUGAAGUAAGAGCAACAUGAAUAUUUCCCUGGUGAGUUUGUCAGUGUGUCCACCGUUUCUUGAUAGCAACCUGACGGUAUAGAUCAAGAGCCUAAAAGUGUUCUUUUCUACUGUUCCGGUCACCCCAACUUAGAAUUCUCUCCCAGAAAACUAUCAGAGGGGUGGGCACAGUUAUGUACAAAACCUCAUUUACAAUAGUUAAGAUUUGGAAACAGCCUAAGUGCCCAUCAGCAGAUGAGUGGAUUAAAAAACUGUGGUACAUCUACACAAUGGAAUACUAUGCUGCUGCUGCAAAAAAGAAAGAACUCUUACUGUUUGCAACAACAUGGAUAGACCUGGAGAGCAUUAUGCUAAGUAAAAUAAGCCAGUCAGAGAAAGAUAAGUAUCACAUGAUCUCACUCACUUGUGGAAUAUAAUGAACAACAAAACUCUUCUUUGUAGCAUUAUACAUAGUAGCACAAAAAAUGAAAAGGAAACCAUCUAAAUGGCCAAAGCAAGGGUUAAACAAACUCUUUAGAAAUAUCAUACACACACACAAACAUAUAUGAACGUUAUACAGCCAUUAAAGAAUGUUUUCAACUCAUUUAUGAAAAAUGAGAAGAAAGCUUGUAGUGCAAUAGUAGGUGAAAAAUAAAAGCAUGUUACAAACUGAAUAUGAUCCAUAAAAGUACAUAUGUAGAAAAUACCUUGAAAAAAAUAAAUGAAAGUGUGAACCAGUUACCUUUUUUAUGAAUAUAUUUUACAUAAUUGUGAUUUUCCCAGGUAUAAAAAUAAAUCCAUAUUUCUUUUACAUGAAAUUAUUUUUCCUCCCUCCUACCUCUCCCCUAAAAUUAAUUUUUAAAAGAAUGAAUAGAAAUGGGCCGAGCAAACAAAGGGGAAAAGGCACGAAGGAAAGCUCUCCAGUCUAAGGAAUGGUGUGUGCAAAGCCACAGAGGCAUAAAGGAGAAGGCCUUAUCCAGGCUCCGUUAGUAAUUCCAUUGGCAGGGAUUUGGGAUUAUGAGCAAAGGCGGCUGGCAAAGAAGCUGAAAACAGAGGCAAGUUUCCCAUUGUAAAGGGUGUUGGGUGCAGCAGGGAAGGGCUGCAGCUCUGUGAGGCCUGGACACUCACCGCAGACUUUGAAGCCAGGGUGCAAUCAGAAUGGAAGUUGCAGAAGAUCCUACUGGUGGCCCGGAUUGUGGACGGGGCAGGUGGGGGCGCCAGAUGGGUGGACGUAGGUGUGCUGGGCCCUGUGCAGCUAUGUGCAGUCAGGGGACUAGACCAGAGCGCUGACUAAAGAAGUGAGUGGGACCCAAGUACAGCCCUGGUCCUGCUUUCCUGGCUGUGGGCUCCAUCAGCUCGGAGGAAAGUGCCCCUUUUUAUGCCCUUUCUAUUUGGAGGGGCACAAAGACACCGAAUAUGCAGGCCCCGGAGUGCCCUCCUGCAAGGGAGGGAAAGAGGCAAGGAGCUGCUGAAUUCAAGCAGUGGGAGGGAGGGAUGGGUUGCACAGCUUUAGUAGGUACAGCUGAUGGGAAGGAUUCCAGCUUAUGAUGACUCCGUCGAGCCUUUUGUUCCUUCAGUUGCAUUUAUUUACCAAUUUCCUGCUUCUUAGUUUCAAAGUUUCAAUAUAUUCAGAAACAAGUUAGGAAAGGAAAAGAUUCUGAAAGAACUCCCAUUUCCCUCAGUGUAUCUGAACUAAAGAUUGCAGCACUGAAUCCCAGAUGACGUUUCUGGGUCAUCUCUGGACUUUAAUUAUAAUACUAUCCAGUCAAGUGCAUAAGGGCCAACUAUUAGGAAGGUUCACUUUGUUCAGAAAUCCAUCAAAGGUGACUGGCCUACUGGGCCAGGCACUACUGAAACUUUAGGGGAGAGAAGGAAUCCCAGAAAUGCCAAGAUGACCCCAGAACUCACCAGCCAUGCAGCCUCCUUGCUCAUGGUCUCCAGGCUCCAGCCCAGCGCUUCUCCAAGCCCGUGGUCUGGACCAGCAUCACCUGGAACUUGUUAGAAAUGUAGAUUCUCUGGCCCCACCCAGACCCACUGGAUCAGAAUCUCUGGGGGUGGGGCCGGCAAGCUGUGCUUUAACAAGCCCUCCAGGUGAUUUCAUGCCAGUUAAAGUUUGAGAACCACUGAUCCAUAAAAAAAAAAAAAAAAGCCAAGAAAAUAAAA